UAAAACGAGCAGUUUAUCCGGUACUAUAAGAACUGCCACGAGUUGGCAUUGUGAGGGAGAGUCCAUCUUGAGACCAGUCUCCAGCUCUGCGCCUGUGAGCAGUAACUAACAAAAGAACAGAUCAUGUCCGACACCGAGCAACAGCUUAUGGAAACCUCCGAGAACGGCCAUGAGGGAGAGGAGGAAUCGAAUGGAGCCGAGCAAGCAGCAGAACACACGGAAGGUGACGUUAAGGAGGAAACGGCAGAGGGAGAGCCUCAGAAUGGUGCAACAGAAGGGGAUCAGAUCAACGCCAGCAAAAGCGAGGAGGAUGCGGGGAAAAUGUUUGUUGGUGGUCUGAGUUGGGAUACAAGCAAGAAAGACCUUAAAGACUACUUCUCUAAGUUUGGAGAAGUGACUGACUGCACUAUCAAGAUGGAUCCCAACACUGGAAGAUCAAGAGGCUUUGGCUUUAUCCUCUUCAAAGAAGCUGCUGGUGUAGACAAGGUCCUGGAACAGAAGGAGCACAGGCUUGAUGGGCGACAGAUCGACCCAAAGAAGGCAAUGGCUAUGAAAAAGGAGCCUGUCAAGAAAAUUUUUGUUGGUGGUCUGAACCCAGAGACAACAGAAGAAAAGAUCAGAGAAUACUUUGGAACCUAUGGAGAGAUUGAAUCUAUUGAACUUCCAAUGGACCCAAAGACUAACAAAAGGAGGGGCUUUGUAUUCAUCACAUUCAAAGAAGAAUCUCCCGUUAAAAAAAUCCUUGAGAAAAAAUACCAUAACGUUAGUGGAAGCAAGGUAACAAACGGGAAGGAUGGCCUUUGUGAAAUUAAAAUUGCGCAGCCCAAGGAAGUCUACCAGCAGCAGCAGUUUGGUGGCCGUAGUUUUGGUGGCAGAGGCAGGGGAGGCCGUGGUGGAGGAGGAGGCCAAAACCAGAACUGGAACCAGGGUUACAAUAACUACUGGAAUCAGGGCUAUGGCAACCAGGGGUAUGGUUAUGGUGGACAGCAAGGCUAUGGUGGCUAUGGCGGAUACGGAAAUUACGACUACACUGGCUACUAUGGAUAUGGGCAGGGGGGUUAUGAUUACAACCAGGGCAAUACAAGCUAUGGAAAAACUCCAAGACGUGGAGGCCACCAGAGUAGCUACAAGCCAUACUGAUCACAUGUAGUACAGGACUAAAAUAAGAAUUCAAGAUCCAGGGUCCCCUUCAUGCUGCUGCAGUAAAUAUGGGGGCAGACUUUCCUUUGGAGUUAGCAGAUUUAAAAGACUCAUGCUCCAUUUGUACAGAACAAGUGAGGAAUUGGGGAAGCAAAUGUCACUUUUCCACUUUUUAUUUUAUAUUGUUUUGUGUCCAUAUACAUUUCCAGAGAUGGAAGUGUUAUUUUUACUGUACUUUUUGGUACCUAUUUUGAAUCUAAUGUAUUGUAAGGUUGUAUUUUACAUGUCUACUGGAUUUACCACAAUAUGCGAUCGAAGCUGUUGGGAGCUUUUGAAAUAAACAAUUUUGAGUAA